CAAACAGAAUACUUUUGCCAGUGAUGCAAUGUGUAUCAAUUCAAUUUCUUAUUCCUGUGACGUCAUUUCGAAAUCCUAGUCACAUUUUAUUUAUUAAGUUAUAUCUCUCUGAAGUCAUGGUCUGAUGUUUGACCUACAUAUAAAACAUUACCUAACAGUCUAUCAUUCAGUUCAUAAAUGUUUUCAGAAUAGACAAAAGUCAGAGCAGUGCAUCGUUUUAAUAUGUAAACGACCUUUAGAUUAAAAAAAAUCAGUUUCUGCUGCAAUAACGCAUCACAUGAGAAGAAACUAUUUCUGUAUAAAUAAGUGAGAUUCAACUGGUCAUUCUACUAUGCUGCAAACAAAAAUGUUCAAAUAUCUACUAAUCAUCAUACUCGGCUUCUCCUGCUCCAUCUCCUCCAAUCGUACUACUGGAAACGACCAGGGAUUUUCCGGCUUUCCUGAACAAAAUCCAACUUUGAUUUCAACCAAUGCAACACUGUCAGUAAAUGAAUCAAUCUAUAAAAGCAGAUUAUCAUAUCAAUCGACAACUUUUCCACCGAACAUUUAUCCACCUCCACCAUUUAUUCUUGGACCAUACCCAUGGAUGAUGUAUCAUAAUCGAUGGUGCAUUCAGGAUAUUUUUGGUUUUCUUUGGUGCCUUCAUGGUCUGUAUCGACAAAAUUCUUGA